AUGAGUAACUACGCUAUGGACGUCGAUGUGGCAAAAGUCGGUUGUCUCGUUCCAAAAAUGGACGACGUCAAAAAAGAGCUCCUCGUCAGCAUGAACGAACUGUAUGCCCGAGGUCUGAAAACCAGCUGCCAGUGGUCUGCAGAUCUUCUCUUAUCACUCGAGGUCGGCAAUAAUCCAAAACCAUUAGCCAAAAAGAUAGAAGGGUACAAGAGACCAAAAAUCACCCGUAGUUGUCUAACCUCUGCACCUAAACGUGUGCCGGUUUCAAAACCUACAGAUUUAUAUUCCAUAGACCAACUUCCAAUAGCAUAUCACGAAAUGGAACUAUAUCUUCAUGCCCGAACAUGUUACAAUGCAAAAGAAUAUCAAAGAGCAUCAUUUUGGUUGAAAAAUUGUUAUUCAAAAAUACCAUUAUUUCUGAAAAUGUAUUCAGAUUAUUUGGCUGCUGACAGUAAUAUUAAAAACAUUGGUAGUGAAGCGACACCUUCCAUGUUUAAAGAAUAUCGAAAUUUCCUAGACUAUUUAUCUCAGCUACUAGAGUCUAUACGACAACAAAAAAGGGGGGAUGGGUAUUUGACAUAUUUACUUGGUGUGGUAUAUGUGAAAUUAGAACAAUACGAGGCAGCUGUUAAGAUGCUUGUGGAAUCUAUAAACGAGGUGCCGCUCAAUUGGCAUGCGUGGAUGCAACUUGGGGAUCUUAUUGUAGAUCGAGUUAAGUUAUCAAAGCUAGAAUUACCCAAUCACUGGAUGAAAAACUUCUUCUACUGUCAAAAAUAUUUAGACUUGCAGUUAAAUGAACAGAUGUUGGGUAUGACACAGUAUUUGUUCAACUGUGGUUUCAGUGAUAGCAUAUUCCUCCAAUCUAGGGUGGCAGUUUGUUACCACAACAAAAGAUACAUUGAAAUAGCAGUUCAAAAGUUUCAAGAGCUCAUUGAAAUUGAACCUUGUCGACUGGAAAAUAUGGAUACUUAUUCAAAUUUAUUAUAUGUGCAACAUCAAAGAGUUGAACUAGCUUAUCUUGCUCAGCGGGCAGUUAAAAUUGAUAAGUAUCGUGUGGAAACCUGUUGUAUUUUGGGAAACUAUUAUAGUCUUCACGGGGAACAUCAAAAAGCAAUGCGUUACUUUCAUCGCGCUCUUAAAUUGAAUCCUCUAUACUUGGCUGCCUGGACACUACUUGGCCAAGAAUAUAUGGAACUUAAAAAUUCAAACGAUGCCAUACAGAGUUACAGCAAAGCUUUGGAAAUAAACAAAUACGAGUACAGAGCAUGGUAUGGUUUGGGUCAAACAUAUGAAAUACUUGGAAUGUUCAAACACAGCCUUCAUUUUUUCAAGCAAGCACAGCUACUGAGACCGUUUGACAGCCGUAUGAUAAUUGCCGUUGGCAAUGUUUAUGAAAAAUUAGGUAAUGUCGACAUGGCAUUUCAAAGUUAUCUAAAAGGGCGGGCAAUGGGUGAUGAUGAAAAGCUUGGCCUCAUAUACUUAGCAAAGUUGUACGUAGUUAUAAAUAGACCAGAUGAUGCUGCAAAAAUGUUUUUAGAAUAUAUUGAAGAACAUGGACUAGAUGAACAGACUAGAGAUCACAGCCAUGCUUAUAUGUUCCUUGCAAACUACAAUCUGACUCGUAUGAACUUUGAUCAAGCUUUUCAUUAUGCACAAAAAUGUUUAAACUAUGCAGAAACCAAAGAAGAAGCUAAAGCGUUAUUAAAAACUAUAGUUAAUGAAAGAAUAUACAAGGAAAUUGAUAACUUACUUAAAUUGACUUCGAUUGAUGAGAAAAAAUCCAAGGAUUACGAUAAAGAAGAAAUGCCCAGACAGUUAGAAUUGUUGUCACUUACUCAAAAAGCUGAAGUGAAUCAAAGUGAAGAUAAUAAAGAUGAUGAUAAUGAUGACGAUGAUGAAGAUGAUGAUAGCGAUGAAGAAGAACUCUUGUGUAAUUCUAUAUCAAGGUAUAUGAUUUUGGUGGAUCCCAGUGAAUCAGAUAGUGUUUUAGAUAGUGUUUCAGAGUAA